CCUUCACUUGCCACCCAUUAACACACAUACACAACCCAUUAUUACUUCGUACAGUCUUGGCCACACAGCCUCUUUAUUUUUCUCUCUCUCUGAGUGAAGAAAGGAAAUUAGGCAUGGAUGGGUGGUUGGUUGUUGAUGGGUUCAAAUCCAUACUAGCCAAUUGUGGUCUCCCACGCUUAUGAUUCAUGGGCUUAUUAAUUCACUUUUCUAUUCUAUUUGUUUGGUGUUAUUAUUCAUAGAUUUCAGGUCCAUUCUUUUUUUGGGGUGGUGGGGGUGUUAUGGAGAUUGAGGUGGCAAGUACUAGUUACAGUAGCAGUACUGCUACUGGGUUUGAUAGUAGUGGUGGUGGUAGUGCGGUGGUAGGCGGCGGUGGAGGGGAGAGAGGAACAUAUUUGGCUUGGGAGAAUUUGAUUGUUGUGCUGUCCAAUUUUGGGGAGGGACCAACAAAGAGAUUGCUUCAAGGGCUUGAUGGGUAUGCUGAGCCUGGGAGAAUUAUGGCCAUUAUGGGUCCUUCUGGAUCUGGAAAAUCAACACUUCUUGAUUCACUUGCCGGUAGACUUUCAAGAAAUGUUGUCAUGACUGGAGAUGUUCUUUUCAAUGGCAAGAAGAAAAUAGUGGACUAUGGUGUCAUUGCUUAUGUAACUCAAGAAGAUGUGGUGCUGGGAACUCUUACAGUCAGAGAAACCCUUACUUAUUCAGCCCUUUUAAGGCUUCCAAAAACUAUGACCAAAGAGGAAGUCACAGACACUGUGGAAGGAACUAUAUCAGAAAUGGGUCUCCAAGAAUGUGCUGAUACUGUGAUUGGAAACUGGCACUUGAGGGGUAUAAGUGGUGGCGAGAAGAAGAGGCUAAGCAUUGCAUUAGAAAUCAUCACGAAGCCGCGCCUGUUGUUUCUUGAUGAACCAACUAGCGGCCUUGAUAGUGCCUCUGCAUUCUUUGUAACUCAAACAUUGAGAAAUAUUGCCCGCGAUGGAAGGACAGUUAUCUCUUCUAUUCACCAGCCGAGUAGUGAAGUUUUUGCACUCUUUGAUGACCUUUGCUUACUCUCUGGUGGUGAACUUGUUUAUUUUGGAGAAGCAAAGAUAGCUGUAGAGUUUUUUGCUGAAGCUGGUUUUCCAUGCCCUCGUAAGAGAAAUCCUUCUGAUCACUUCUUGCGCUGUAUAAAUUCAGACUUCGACGCUGUAACGGCUACACUUAAAGGAUCUCAAAGAAUUCGAGAUGUACCUGGAUCAUCAGACCCCUUCAUGAACAUGGCAACUGCAGAAAUCAAAGCAAGGCUGGUUGAGAAAUAUAGGCGCUCUAACUAUGCAAAGAGGACAAGAGAAAGGGUCCGAGAAAUAUCAGGCAUUGAAGGACUAGAAGUUCAAACACAAGGUGGGAGUCAGGCAAGUUGGUUGAAGCAACUGAAAACAUUGUCACACCGAUCAAUUGUGAACAUGUCUAGAGAUGUGGGAUAUUACUGGGCAAGGAUAGCGGUUUACAUAGUUGUAUCAAUUUGUGUCGGUACUAUAUUUUAUGAUGUUGGCUACAGCUAUACCGCAAUCUUGGCUCGUGUAUCCUGCGGUGCAUUCAUAACAGGUUUUAUGACAUUUAUGUCUAUUGGAGGCUUCCCAUCAUUCAUAGAAGAAAUGAAGGUAUUUACUCGAGAAAGGCUGAAUGGUUAUUACGGAGUCUCAGCGUAUAUACUGUCCAACUCCAUUUCUUCAUCUCCAUUCUUGGUUGCAAUUGCCUGGAUAUCUGGAACUAUAACAUAUUCCAUGGUGAAAUUUCACCCGGGUUUUUCAUUUUCUCACUACGUGUUCUUCUGUCUCAAUAUUCUCUUCUGCAUCGCUGUCAUAGAGAGCCUGAUGAUGGUUGUAGCUUCGUUGGUUCCCAAUUUCCUGAUGGGAGUUGUAACCGGGGCUGGAAUUAUUGGAAUCAUAAUGAUGACUUCUGGCUUCUUCCGAUUGCUACCUGAUCUUCCAAAGCCAUUUUGGCGCUACCCGAUCUCAUAUAUCAGUUACGGUUCAUGGGCAAUCCAGGGUGCGUACAAGAACGACUUCCUUGGUCUUGAGUUUGACCCUCUCAUACCUGGUAUGCCAAAGCUCAAGGGUGAUGAAAUCAUCAAAACUGUCUUUGGAGUUCCAGUCGAUCGUUCCAAGUGGUGGGAUUUGACUGCAGUAGUAGCUAUUUUUGUGGGUUAUCGACUUCUCUUCUUCAUCAUUCUCAAGUUGAAGGAAAGAGCCUUCCCAAUGUUCAAUACAUUCUAUGCUAAGAAAAUCAAGCAACAACUCGAUAAGAGGCCUUCCUUCAGGAAAAUACCUUCAUUCGCCUCCAUUUCCCAGAGGCACCAGAAUGUGUAUUCACUGUCUUCACAGGAGGGUCUUAACUCUCCUUUCCAUUAAAAGCACCAAAGCCUAGAUAAGUGAAAAAGAACCAUCCUUCCUUGGAAGUUGUAGCUGUUGAUGCAAGUUUGCCAGUAUUUGCUCAUAGAACAUAAGGUCAAAGUCCCAGAGUUUCUAAGGGAGUUUCACACACAAAGUUGUUGGUAUUCUUUCGAUUGAGAGAGUUAAAUAGAGCCAUCAAGGUGAUUUGCGCAAGUUGUACUAAGUUCUUACACACCUUUAAUGUUUCCCAUUGUUUGUCUUUAUGUAUUAAACUUGUGUUCAGACAUUCUCAAUGAAAUCAUACAUGAUUCCACUAAAUUCAGAGGAUUGCU